AGUAUUGUAUUGUCAUCGCGUUAAAUACCUACUAUCGCCCAAUGGUUUUUAGGUUACUAACUUAAAUGAAUGUGGUUAGGCAAAAAGGUGAAUUGUGGGCUUCUGUGUACUUCUGUAUUCUUUGGUAAUAUUGUAGCCGUCGUAAGCUUAUGCAUCAAUAUUAUAUUGGAUGUAGUCUCCAUGGGUGGGAACGCUUCUUCCCUUUUGCACUUAUAGUUCAAGUUUUACCCACUUCUAUCUUGCAGUUAAACAUGCUUUGUGUAAAAACAGCCUUAAAGAGAUAACCUGACUUUAGAUGUACUACAUACGUACAACAUGUCAGUUCAUAGUUCGUAGUUUAACGAAGUAUUGCGUAGAAAUAUGAAAAUUUAUCGUGUAUAAUCAAACAUCGUUAUAAUUUGUACAAUGCGUAAAUUCAAAAUACGCGGUUAUAUGUGACGAUAUAUUUAAAGUGAGAUUAUUAAUUAAAUCAAAAUAUAUUGCGAAAGAGAAACUUUCGUAUAGAUAAUAACCUUUACUUUUUAACCAAUGUGUAAUAUGUGUUAUGACAUUUCUUUGCAAUAAUUCAUGUGUUUAGAUGUGUUUUUAACGCAUAUGUGAAAUCAAUAAAUCUCACAUAAAUUGCCUAAAUGGCAUGAAGUAAUAAUUACAAAAAUAUUUAACUUAACUAAAGUCAAAAAAUGAAUACAUUGUGAAACAUAUCCAAUUAAGUUUAUAUUUUACGUAUCAAAAUGUUUCGAAGUCGUAGUUGGUUUGGAGGAGGACUUUGGAAGCCAAAAAAUCCACAUUCUCUGGAGCACCUUAAGUACCUGUACAAUGUUCUGUCAAAGAAUCAAACAGUAUCUGAACAUAAUAGAGGUUUAUUAGUUGAAACUCUUCGCUCAAUAGCUGAGAUUUUAAUAUGGGGUGACCAAAAUGACAGUAGUGUCUUUGACUUCUUUUUGGAGAAGAACAUGCUUUCAUUUUUUUUGCGUAUCAUGAAGCAGAAAUGUGGAAGCUAUGUAUGUGUUCAAUUACUUCAGACGCUCAAUAUAUUAUUUGAAAAUAUACGCAAUGAAACAUCUUUGUACUACCUGUUAAGUAAUAACCAUGUAAAUAGUAUUAUUGUGCACAAAUUUGACUUCAGUGAUGAGGAGGUAAUGGCAUAUUACAUCAGUUUCUUAAAAACGUUGAGCUUGAAGUUAAAUACCCAUACCAUCCAUUUCUUCUAUAAUGAGGUAAACGAGCAUACCAAUGACUUUCCACUAUAUACGGAAGCCAUUAAGUUUUUCAAUCAUUCUGAGGGUAUGGUUCGUAUAGCAGUAAGAACUCUGACUUUAAAUGUAUAUCGCGUGGAAGAUGUAUCUAUGUUGGCAUUUAUAAGAGAUCGCACAGCAGCACCUUAUUUCAGUAAUCUUGUAUGGUUUAUUGGUAAUCAUAUUAUAGAAUUGGAUACAUGUGUCCGAAAUGAUGCAGAUCAUCAAAGUCAAAAUAGAUUAUCAGAUUUGGUGGCAGAACACUUGGAUCAUUUGCAUUAUUUAAAUGAUAUACUUUGCUUGGAUAUACCAGAUCUUAACAAGGUACUCUCGGAACAUCUGUUGCAUAAAUUACUAGUUCCGCUCUAUGUAUAUUCUUUAAUGAAACGAAAAGAUCUUUGUCAAAAUCAGGAUGAACGAAAAUAUGUCAGUGUAGUUGUGGCAUUAUUCUUACUUUCCCAAGUUUUUUUGAUUGUUUCUCACGGACCUCUUGUAUAUACUUUAGCAGCUGUGAUACUUAAAUCUGAUUUGAGCACGAUUCAGAUAGGAGUAAGCAAAGUGAUUGAAACAUUUAGCGAAAUAUCAUCAAAUAAAUCAAUAGAAUUUUCACAGCCAAAAGAAACAUUAGACAAAUCCUUAGAAAAUCUAAACGAAUCAUCAACCAUAUCAGAAAGUCCUAAUGAAAAUGAUAAUAAUGUAGAAUCUACAAGUAAGACUAGAGAAACUACGGAUGAAGAAAUACAAGAUUUAAGUAAACCUAGUACAUCACGUGCUCAUGUGUUUUCCUGUGAUAAUACACAUAUUAAGAGCUCUAAACAAUUAGAUAUAAACGUUUCUGAAGAACUAGGAGGUAUAAAGCAUUUGAAUGUAACCGAUGAAGAAAAAGAACGUUUGGCAUUAGAGAGUCCAUUAACACAGAGUCAAAUACAACAUAAUGCUCUUGAAUUAUUAUCAAAGAAACCGUUUUUAGAAACUAUAUUGAAUUCCUUAUUUUGUACAGAAAAUGAUUAUGCUGCAUUAUUUGGAUUAUGUUUACUUUAUGCAUUAGCUAAUAAUCAGGGUAUAAAUCAUGAAACACUGGAUUUAGUAUUAUCUCCUUCACAGAAUGUAGAAACAAAGAAUUGGUAUAAUGAUAUAUUAAUAGACAGAUUAAUUCACAUAAUCACUUUGAGCUGUCAGACAAAUGCUAAAGUGAGACUUGUAACGUUGGAAUUAACAAUCAAAUUAUUGACACAGUUAGUUUUAUCAGAAGGGCAGAGUCUUUUAAAAGAUUCACAUUUAGCAGCAAUCGAAACAGCAAAAGAACAAAGUACAGCACUUUUGAGAAACUUCUAUAAGAGUGAAGAGAUAUUCUUAGAUAUGUUUGAAGACGAAUAUAACGAAAUUCAAAAACGACCUUUAAAUGUUGAAUGGUUGAUGAUGGACAGUAAUAUUUUAUUACCUCCUACGGGUACCCCAAUGACUGGUAUUGAAUUUAGCAAACGAUUACCAUGUGGUGAAGUGGAAAGAGCACGUCGUGCGAUUAGAGUGUUUUUCUUAAUCCGUGAAUUAUCUUUGACUGUUAAUAUGGAAGAAGAAACACAGUUACCCUUAACAAAUCCAGAUAAUUGUGUACAACUUACCAACGUACUUGAUCUAAAUAACAGUGACUUAAUAUCAUGUACAGUUGUAUGGAAAGAUGGACAAAAAAUCCAUUGGUUUUUGGUCAUUGAUGUUACACAAUUAAUUCUAGUUGAACCUGACACUACCAAACUUGGGUGGGGUGUAGCAAAAAUUGUAGGCUUUUUACAGGAUAUUGAAGUGACGGGUGACAAUAAUGAUUCCAGGUGUUUAUAUUUAACCAUAUACAAACCUCUAAGAAAUAGCACAGGCAACAGAGUUCCAUUACUAUCAGCUAAAGUUGUUUUCGAAGAUCACAUUAGAUGUAUGGCUGCAAAACAAAGGUUAACAAAAGGUAGAAUAAAAGCACGACAGAGAAAGAUAAACCAAAUUGCUAGAUUACUGGGCAUGCCAACAAGUAUACCGCAUUCGUCUACUCCACCAAACUUUGCUUUACGUAAUAUGCGACACGACCGAUAUGGACGUGGACAAAGGCAGAAGGAUCAACCAAGACCAAUGUUUACGGUAAAUAAAGUUCCGGGAUUCGCGGCACAAAUGCGCAGAGAACAUGUUUUUAAACCUGUUCUUGGUCUUCCAUCAUCUAGUUUUAAGCGUGUUGAUAAUAACUCUAAUGAGAAGAUUCAUGAAAAUGGUUUACGAUCUAGAGAUAGUUCUCCAAAAAUGCCACGCCCGCGUAGUGAAGAGAUACCUCUUGAGGAUAUGCGUAAUCGUAAAACAUCUCUGACGUCUAAUGGAGCAAGUGCAUCUCACAUAUGUUUAGAGAAGAAAGAUAGUUGUAAUUCUGGUAGUUCAUCUAAUAGUGAACCUACAUCUAUAACUAGAAAACGUUCUGAAGAAACAUCGUUUACUUCUCCUCAAACUCAAGAAGUCAAACCACGUAGAAAGGGUCAAGUGGAGACAGUAUGAUUAUAUAAGAAUAGAAUUAUUUUUAAAAAGUAGAAACGGGAAAAUUUUUGUUAGGGAGUUGAUGAAAGAAGAAAGAUGUAUAUACAUUUUUGAAAUAGAAACAAAGUUCUCUAUCAAUUUAACGUGUAACUAUUUAUAUGUCGUUUGAAUUUUUCAAAACUAUGUUUUUUCACAAUAUUUGUUAACUAAUAUUACAGGUAAUUAUUACUGCCUUUCUCUGUAUAAUUACAUAUUUUGUCAUUUGCAGUUACGAAAUGAUCACUUGUAUAUAAAAUAGUACAUUCGCGUUAAAUUCUAAUAAAUGUUUAACACAUUGUGAUAAAUUUUUCCUUUAGGUAAUUACAUAUUUUGUAGAUACUUUUUAUUCUUUAUACAAAUAUUAUAUCUGUUUUUUAAAUGUGGACACUAAUUCAUUAGUACACAAAUUAUUGAGUAAUGUUUCUUACAAUGAUUUAAUGUAUAUAUGUUUUAUAAUCUAGGAUAAAAGUAAUUUAAAUUAUUUAAAAUAUUAUUUAUGUAUUAAACAUGCUUUACAUUCAAUAUUUAUAUGGCUCCUUCGAUAAUUAACAGAUUAUGUGUUUUGCACAACAAACAAAUUAUUCAUUCAAUGCUUAACACUUAUCUUAGAUAUUUACUUUUUAAUGCAAUAAUAUUAUAUUCGCUUUUAAAAUAAUGUGAGAAACUUUAAUACUUGCUAACAUUAUUAUCGUAAUUUAAUUUUUUUUCCUUACAGAUUUAGGAUUACAUCUAUUUUCAAAAAGUGUAUAGUGCCAUUUUUUUUGUAAAUUAUAUUAAAUUUGGUAUUUAAAACAAAAAUUUGAAUAUUGUAAAUAAACAUAUUUAAGAA